AAGUUCUUAACUUAAGUGCCAAAAAGUCCUAAGUUGUCCACUUGCCUAAGUCCCCUACCUAAAAUGAGAUUCAUAAACCUGCUCAGUGCCCCACUUGGCCAGGUUGACCGCUUAAGUUUGAGUGCACCACUUAUCUUUCUUGAAAAGACAUUCCCAGGUACCCGUGUCACAUUUCUUGUGGAUUUGCGCUUGUUGUAACUGCAUUGUUCAUUGAUCAUGGGCAUUCAAAUGUGCAUUCUGUAGGGCCUACACCAUAGGAGAUACAGAUUAACAGGCAGACGAGACACAUUUAGACAAAGUGCAUGUACUUGCUCGUUAAUUAUGGGGAGGAAACCGAACUUUUCUGAUGCGGAAAAAAUCCGCCUCAUUGAGGCGUACGAUGCUCGGAAAGGGUUACUAGUGGGGAAGUUUUCGUCAAAUGUUUCAUCGAGGCGCAAACAUGAUGCUUGGCUUGAAAUAACAGAUAACGUAAAUAGUCGAAAUCCGCAUGUUGUGCGAGAAAUGACAGAACUACAGAAAAAGUGGCAGAAUCUGACAUCAGCUAUGAAGGACGAAUAUAGGGAAUACAAAAAAGCGCUAGGAAAGACAGGUGGUGGACCCCCUCCUAAGGAACCGUCGAUAAUUUCACAGAAAGUUGCAGCUGUUAUUGGCGAAGAUGAUCCAUCCGUGUAUGGUAUAGAUGGCGGCUUUGAUAGCGGUGCACCGAAACCUAAAAUCGCUACAUCAGUAAAUACUGUCCCGCGCCUGAAUAUCACCCACAGCGUUGCAACCAACGACAGUUCUUUCAGCGAGAAUGAGGAAGAGAAUCAAACUGAGUCUUUUCUUCAAGAACCCAAGAUGCGGACACAAAAACGAAAAGCUUCAUCAUCCCUUGGUUGUGCCUCGGCAGCCCUCGCCAGUACCUCAACUAAAUUCCAAAGAUUGGUGCAGCCUUCUCCUGUGAGGUCUUCAUUGCCUAAUCCUUGCCCACCGCUUCCCAAGAACACUGAAAAGGAUAAAACCCUAAAGAAUUUAGGAAAUACGGACGAGAUGGUAGUACUGCAGAAAGAACUGCUUGCUUCUGAGAAGGAAAGAUGUGCGCUCGAGAUGGAUAAGCUUAAACUUGAAAAGGAAAAAUUGGUUCUAGAAAUUAAAUUGUUGAAAAUGAAAACAAGUAAGAUGGAGAAGGAGAUGGAAAAUGCUUCUGUAAAUUCAUUUCAGGCAAACGAUGAAAACAUAUUUACACAGUUGUAAAUAUUUGUCAAAAACCUUUGAAAACAAAUAAAUUGUGUGUAUGAGCAUAUAAUAGAUACGUAUUUGUUACACUUACUUGCCUUAGAAAUGUUGCUGGACAAUGUGAUCUCUUGUAGCAGUUCCAUUUACACCUGCAAAUGCUACGAUAUUCCCUUCAUCGUUCCCAUCCUCAUCGGGUUGUGGCCGAUGUUCGAUAUCAUCCAUGUCUGCUGGAUCGAAAUCCGGUAGAGCUUUGUUGAUAGCAAUGUUUUGCAACAUUGCACACGCAGUAAUGAUUGCACAUGCUUUCUCCGGUGUAUAACGCAGUUUUCCAUGCAGACAGUGGAAUCGCCUUUUCCAUUGACCGAUGCCCCUUUCAACCAAACACCGAGUUUUCUUGUGAGACCGAUUGUAUCGUCGUUGCCCGGGGGUGUUAGGGUUCAAAAAUGGCGUCAUCAGCCAAGGACGCAAUGGAUACCCACUGUCACCAAGGAUGACCUCAUCUCCUUGCCAACGUCUCAUAAUGUCGGUUACGGCGCUUUCUCGGAGCACAACGGAGUCAUGGGUGCUACCGGGCCAUCUAGCCACAACAUUCAUAAACCUAAAAUGUGCAUCAAAAACAACCUGUACAUUGAUGGAAUACCAGUUUUUCCUGUUUACAUAU